AUGGCGAAUAGAGAUGUGGAGAGAGGAGGGAAGAAGAAUAACAACAACAACAACAACUAUUUCUACGAUGAGACUUCCGGCGAAACUCAUUGGACUUCGUGGCUGAUUCCGGCGAUUGUAGUGGCGAAUCUCGCCGUGUUCGUCGCCGUUAUGUUCGUUAAUGAUUGUCCUAAGAAAAUCACUGGACCCAACAAAGCUUGCGUCGCUAGAUUUCUCGGAAGAUUCUCGUUUCAGCCACUUAAAGAGAAUCCUCUCUUUGGCCCAUCUUCUUCAACGUUGGAGAAAAUGGGAGCUUUAGAAUGGAGGAAAGUAGUACAUGAGCAUCAAGGAUGGAGACUUCUCUCUUGUAUGUGGCUACACGCCGGUAUCAUCCAUCUUCUUACCAAUAUGUUGAGUCUCAUCUUCAUCGGUAUCCGCCUUGAGCAGCAAUUUGGCUUCAUAAGAGUUGGGCUUAUCUACUUAAUAUCUGGUCUCGGUGGAAGCAUCCUCUCGUCUCUUUUCCUUCAAGAAAGCAUCUCUGUUGGUGCCUCUGGUGCUCUCUUUGGGCUUCUUGGCGCAAUGCUAUCUGAACUUCUCACCAAUUGGACAAUCUAUGCCAACAAGGCAGCCGCUUUGGUCACACUUCUAUUCAUCAUUGCAAUCAACUUAGCACUAGGCAUGCUUCCUCGGGUUGACAAUUUCGCGCACAUCGGAGGGUUCUUAACUGGAUUCUGCCUCGGGUUUGUUCUUCUUGUUCGACCGCAGUACGGUUGGGAAAGUCCCCGGACCAACACUUCACGUACCAAACGCAAGUAUAGCAUGUACCACUACUUGAUUUGA